AUGCCGAUCUUAGCCCCGACGAUCAAUUCCUACAAACGCCUGGUAGAGAACUUCUGGGCGCCCGUCACGGUCUCUUGGGGACUGGAGCACCGGGCUGCGUCAAUCCGUCUGAUCACACCACCGACGGCCAGUCCGAAAGCGACCCGGUUCGAGGUGCGCGUACCAGGUGCGGACACCAAUGCGCACCUCGUCCUGGCGGCGAUCCUGGCAUUGGGAUGGCGCGGAGUCGAAAAGAAACUCGAGAUCCCUGUGCCGCCUCUUGCCCGAGGCGAGGAUAUGGGCGGUGCCAGUGAUAAGGGUGUGCGUCUGGCCAAGUCUUUGAAGGAGGCUGUCGUUACAUUUACACGGCCGGAGAGUAUCGCACGGGAAGUCUUUGGUGAUUCAUUCGUCGAGCACUUUGCUGGAACUCGGGAACACGAGGUGCGCUUGUGGGAAGAGGCGGUGACUGAUUGGGAGAUGAGGCGGUACAUCGAGACUGUGUAG